UUUCGAUCAUUCCUUCAGUUGAACUCUGUAAUUUUUGACCAAGAAUGUUGAGCAGAACAAUUUUAAAAAAUCUAGCUGUAAGCCCUAGUAGUUCUAUAAAAAGGAAGCUCGCCGUUGGUGAUCCGACACCCAAAGAAAGUGAGAAACAAGUGCAUAUACAUUCCUUUCGCAUCUCUUCAACUGCCAUGGUUACUCGUACUAAUAUGAUGAAACUCACAAUUUGGGUGGGUUUGUUCCUUUUAGGGACAGCCCAAGCACAACUUUCCGCCAAUUAUUAUGCAAAGACAUGCCCGAAAGCUCUCUCCACUAUCCGAAAUGCAGUUCGUAAAGCAGUUUCUGCAGAGAGUCGCAUGGGGGCAUCUUUGCUCCGUCUUCACUUUCAUGACUGCUUUGUUAAUGGAUGUGAUGCAUCCGUUCUUCUAAACGAUACCUCGACGUUCACAGGGGAGCAAACUGCAGGAGCCAAUGCAGGAUCUCUGAGGGGAUAUACUGUCGUUGACAGCAUUAAAUCUCAAGUUGAAAGUGUUUGCCCAGGUGUUGUUUCUUGUGCUGAUAUUCUUGCUGUAGCUGCACGGGAAUCUGUUGUUUCACUACGUGGCCCAACAUGGCAAGUGCAACUUGGAAGGCGAGAUUCCACAACAGCAAGUCUAAGCACCGCAAAUUCUGAUAUCCCAUCCCCAAGUAUGGACCUUCGUGGCCUUCUAUCAUCCUUCUCGGACAAAGGACUGACGGCCAAAGAAAUGGUGGCUCUAGCAGGAGCACACACAAUAGGGCAAGCCAGAUGUGUGGUAUUCCGCAAUAGAGUCUACAACGAGAGCAACAUCGAUGCAUCAUUUGUUACUUCUGUGAAAUCCAACUGCCCAAGCAGCGGUGGAGACAACAAUCUUAGCCCGCUGGAUUCAACAACUCCUGUCGUCUUUGACAACGGGUAUUUCAAAGAUUUAGUGAACAACAAAGGUCUGAUGCAUUCAGAUCAACAGCUUUUCAAUAACGGAUCCACUGAUUCUCAGGUCACAUCUUACAGCAAAGGUUCUUCAUCCUUUCAUAAGGAUUUUGCACGCGCUAUGGUGAAAAUGGGCAACCUCAGUCCCCUCACCGGCACAAACGGACAGAUCAGAACCAAUUGCUGGAAAACCAACUAAGCCAUAAGGCUUUCAUGAUCUCCUUUUACGAUCUACUCUUUAAGACCAUUUGUGUAAUAAAACUAAGUGAAAAAAAUCUUUGUGUACCCAAAGCAUUCUGCUAUCUUUUUUAUCUUGCAAGAUGUUGCUGAAAAUGUAAGGAAAAACUGAACAUUAAUCCCA